GAGCUGAGCUCUGAACUGGGCAGGGAUCCUUCCAGGGAGCCUGGAGUGAAGCCCCCCACGAGCCCUGGAUAGAGGGAAUCAGCACAACUGAGCUGCCAAAACAGCAGUGGGGAAAUAAAGGGAGAAAAGCAGCGGAUUUCCAGGCACAGAGUCCCAUCCCCGCACGAAGAGAGGAGCCUGCUGUGCUGACAAUCUGCUUCCCAGAUGCUCAGAGGAGCUGUGCUGCCUUCUAGAGACUCCAGAGGGGGUGAAGAUCUGCAAAGAGCACCAGAGAACACAGCAAACUUCACUCUUCCCUGCACAGCAAGCCUGAAACUGCUGUAAAUGAACUUUAAUUCACAGCCCAGGACCUCAAGUGACAACUGCUCCACACGCAGGGAAGCUCUGAGUGACAGCCCAGACCCCGAGGAUGGGUAGGGACAGAGAUCCCCAGUGGAACUGCUGAGCAGACACAGCACCAACCUCCACCCAGGCAGGUUUGUAAGCCAAUUCUAAGGCAGAGCCAGGAUUAACACAAGGCAAUUAAAAGCAUCAGUGAUUUCCUCUCGGAAGAAACUUAAAUUCGAGACCCUCUGGAAUAUUUUUGUUACUGAAAUAUUGAAUCUUCCCCCGAAGACAGAAAUGAUUUUAACCGGCAGCUCCAAGAUUUCUCAGCACAUAAUCCUGGAAAGGAGGAUAAAGAGCCUCAGUUCUGUGUAGCCUCACUUGUGCCCCCCAAGGAAAAAUGCAAAAGGAGUUCAAUUUGACUUGGCAAUGGUGGUUAUCAACUGUGCUAUGCUGCUGAAAAUUUAGGGACAAAGGUAGGUUUUCUAACAUGUUUCUGGAUCUUUCUCCUUGUUCCUGGUGCUGCACUUCUGAGACGUUCUCACAGCCUCUCUUUCCCAGGAAAAGCAGGCAGAUGUUGCCUGUAGGAGCUUCUGAGGACUGAUCUGCUCCCUGUUUCUGCCUGGCAGGGGGUGCAGCCCAGCAGCCUCGCAUGGACACUCUCAGCCACUCACCAUGACUUUCCUGCCCGGCAACUCCUCCAACUGCUCCAACUGCACCCACUCCGUGGAGCCCGUGAACAUUUCCAAGGCCAUUUUGCUCGGUGUUAUUCUGGGGGGGCUGAUUGUUUUCGGGGUGUUGGGCAACAUCCUGGUUAUCCUCUCCGUGGCCUGCCACAGACACCUCCAGAGCGUCACCCACUACUACAUCAUCAACCUGGCCGUGGCCGACCUCCUCCUGACUUCCACCGUCCUGCCCUUCUCGGCCACCAUGGAGAUUUUGGGCUACUGGGCCUUCGGGAGGAUCUUCUGCAACAUCUGGGCGGCCGUGGACGUGCUGUGCUGCACGGCCUCCAUCAUGAGCCUCUGCAUCAUCUCCAUCGACCGCUACAUCGGGGUCAGCUACCCCCUGAGGUACCCCAGCAUCGUGACGGAGAGGAGGGGCCUGCUGGCCCUGCUCUGUGUCUGGGCUCUGUCCCUGGUCAUCUCCAUCGGGCCCCUCUUCGGCUGGAAGGAGCCGGCCCCCGAGGAUGAGACCAUCUGCCAGAUCACCGAGGAGCCCGGCUACGUGCUCUUCUCGGCCCUGGGCUCCUUCUACCUGCCCCUGACCAUCAUCCUGGUGAUGUACUGCCGGGUCUACGUGGUGGCCAAGAGGGAGAACAAAGGCCUGACCUCGGGGCUGAAGACGGAGAAGUCCCACUCCGAGGAGGUGACCCUGCGCAUCCACCGCAAGAACGCGCCCGGCGCCGGCGGCUCCGCGCCCAACCCCAAGAGCAAACACCACUUCUCCGUCAGGCUCCUCAAGUUCUCCAGGGAGAAGAAGGCUGCCAAGACCCUGGGGAUUGUCGUGGGAUGCUUCGUGCUCUGCUGGCUCCCGUUUUUCGUGGUGAUGCCUCUGGGUUCUUUCUUUCCUGCAAUCAAACCCCCGGACACACUUUUUAAAAUAACAUUUUGGCUUGGAUAUUUAAACAGCUGCAUCAACCCCAUCAUCUAUCCCUGCUCCAGCCAGGAGUUCAAGAAAGCUUUCCAGAACGUGCUGAAGGCUCAGUGCCUCCCCAGGAAGGGAGCAAAGAAGCAAAUCCCGAGUUUCAACCUCAACCACCCCGCCAGCCAAGGCGUGGAGAGCAGCAAGGGGGUGGUCAGGAUCCCCGUGGGAUCGGGAGAAACCUUCUACAAGAUCUCCAGGUCGGACGGGGUGUGCGAGUGGAAGAUCUUCAGCGCCGUGCCCGCCGUGCCGGCGAAAAGCGCCGUGGCCAAAGACUGCACGGCUGCCAAAGCCAAGAGCAAAGGGUUCCUGCAGGAAUGCUGCUGUGCAGGCACCUCGGGGAACCUGGGCCACGACAGCUGCCAAGUGCCAGCCCUCAAAAUCCACACCAUGUCCCUGAGCGACGGCGGGGAGGACGUUUAACGGGCUGCGGGACU